GCAAGCCCGGGAGUGUAAACAAAAGAGAAAGCAUGAAUGGGGAGCCGGAGAGACAAGUGUGUGCCGCGCUGCCCCCGCCUUGAGCGGGGCCCGCCGCUGCCCGGCCCUCCUCCCCACCUACUCACGGGCGACCCGACCUCGUGUUUUUAAACAGUUUUUCCUCGUCUUUUCCAUCCUCUUUCGUGAUUCUCCCUCAGGGCCAGGUGAGGACGUUGACGGGGACCCGGCCCCGGUCCUCCUGCUCCGUCUCUGACGUUCCCGGUCCUGCCCAUCGCCAAGCUGCGUUUGGCAAUAUCAGAUAUCCGCGCUAUUUAUUUUUACCUAAGGAAAGCCUCCAGCUCCCUCCCCACUCCCAGCUGCCCGCACCCCUCCCCGCCCUCGGCUCGCCCUCCACCUGGCCUGCCGGGGGCCCAGCCGAGCCCGAGACCCAUGGACGAGAGCCCCCGCGCCACCGGGCACCGGGUCCGCGUCGCCGUCCUCGGGGCUGCCAGCGCUUCCUGGAAGUCCUGAGGCUCUCGCAGUGCAGUGAGUUCAUGCACCUUCUUGCCAAGCCUCAGUCUUCGGGAUCUGGGGAGGCCGCCUGGUCUUCCUCCCUCUUCCUGCACGUCUGCCGGGUCUGCGCCUCGCCAGGCCCCGCCGUCGCCUCGGCCGCCUCCUCCGCGGCUCGCAGAUGAAGAUGCGCUGGCAAAGGGCUCUGGUGGCCCUGGCCCUGCUGAACUUCGCCACGGCCAGCCUGGCUCUGUCCACUUGCACCACCUUGGACUUCGGCCACAUCAAGAAGAAGAGGGUGGAAGCCAUUAGGGGACAGAUCUUGAGCAAGCUGAGGCUCACCAGCCCCCCCGAGCCGUCGGCGAUGACCCACGUCCCCUACCAGGUCCUGGCACUUUACAACAGCACCCGGGAGCUGCUCGAGGAGAUGCAGGGGGAGCGAGAGGAAGGCUGCGUGCAGGAGAACACCGAGUCGGAGUACUACGCCAAGGAAAUCCAUAAGUUUGACAUGAUCCAGGGGCUGGCGGAGCACAACGAGCUGGCCUUCUGCCCCAAAGGAAUCACCUCCAAGGUUUUCCGCUUCAACGUGUCCUCUGUGGAGAAAAAUGGAACCAACCUGUUCCGAGCAGAAUUCCGGGUCCUGCGGGUGCCUAACCCCAGCUCCAAGCACCACGAGCAGAGGGUGGAGCUCUUCCAGAUACUUCGGCCAGAUGAGCACAUUGCCAAGCAGCGCUAUAUCGGUGGCAAGAAUCUGCCCACGCGGGGCACCGCCGAGUGGCUCUCUUUUGAUGUCACUGACACCGUGCGUGAGUGGCUAUUGAGAAGAGAGUCCAACUUAGGUCUGGAGAUCAGCAUCCACUGCCCCUGCCACACGUUUCAGCCCAAUGGAGACAUCCUGGAAAACAUUCACGAGGUGAUGGAAAUCAAGUUCAAAGGUGUGGACAACGAGGAUGAUCAUGGCCGUGGCGAUCUGGGGCGCCUUAAGAAGCAGAAGGACCACCACAACCCUCACCUAAUCCUCAUGAUGAUCCCCCCGCACCGGCUUGACAGCCCGGGCCAGGGGGCGCAGAGGAAGAAGCGGGCCCUGGACACCAAUUAUUGCUUCCGCAACUUGGAGGAGAACUGCUGUGUGCGGCCCCUCUACAUCGACUUCCGCCAGGAUCUGGGCUGGAAGUGGGUGCACGAACCGAAGGGCUACUAUGCCAACUUCUGCUCAGGCCCCUGCCCAUACCUCCGCAGUGGAGACACGACCCAUACCACGGUGCUGGGCAUGUACAACACCAUGAAUCCGGAAGCUUCUGCCUCCCCCUGCUGUGUGCCCCAGGACCUGGAGCCCCUGACCAUCCUGUACUAUGUCGGGAGGACCCCCAAGGUGGAGCAGCUCUCCAACAUGGUGGUGAAGUCCUGUAAGUGCAGCUGAGACCCUCCCGCGACAGAGCAAGGGGAGAGAGAACUGCCGCUGCCUGACCGCCCGCACCUCGGGAAACACGCAAGCAACAGACCUCACCUAGAGGCCUGGAGCCCGCAACCUUUGGCUCUAGGCAGAUGGCUGAGAUGGAGGUUUCCUUCUGGAACAUUUCUCUUUCUUGCUGGCUCUGAGAAUCACUGUGGUAAAGAAAGUGUGGGUUUGGUUAGGAGAAGGUCGCACUCUCCAGAACACAGAUUUUCUGUGAUGCCGACAGAGGAAAAGGGAGGGCGCAUGGACACGUCGUGUGGCGAUGGGAUUGGGGCUACCCGAGGGAGGAGGAAGGGCAGAGAACGGCCGGGCCCGGGCCCGCUGGAAGACACUUCAGUCUGAGGUCAGAUUUGCUCAUUGCUGUACCACACCUGCUAGAGGGCAUCUGGAUUACGUUACACAAGGCAAGCAUCUUUUUCAGUUAGGUUACCCCAAGACAGACUCCCAGCAUACUCGUACUACCUGGGAUUAAGGGCAAAUCGGUUGGUUUUACAAAUUGUCCUCUCUACAUCAGUUUGCAUCGUAGGUCGCCACAGGGAGAAAAUCCAGGUGUCGUUCAGGGCCAUCGACUCCAUUGGGCCUUUUGGACACGUGAACUCAGAAGCAGAGGGUGGGCGGGCAUUAACCCUCUCCUAUCUGUGCUCUGGGUCCCUCCUCUCUGUCGACCAUGUUUCUUUCUCCUUGGACAUUUGGCUAGACGCCUUCCAGGUCAGGGUGCACAUGUCUGAAUUGUGGGUCCAUGCAGCCUCGGGGCAUUAUGGGUUCUCCCCUCUUCCCCCAAGAAAAUGUGUUCAUUUGGUGUUCCUGGAAGCAGGUGCUACAGCGUGAGGCACUUGGGGCAGCUGCACGCGUGCCGCACGGUGACUUGGCCCCAGACACAUAGACUGAGAUAUAAAGACAAAUACAAAUAUUACUCUCAAAAUCUUUGUAUAAAUAAAUAUUUUUGGGGAAUCUUGGAUGACUUCAUCUUCUGGAAGAUUGUUGCUACAACAGUAAAAGCCUUAUUCCAGGGUACAUGUCUUGACUCAUUAACUAUCCUUAGUUCCCCUUAA